CGCCUUUCAUUAAAAAUGGCGACCGAAGUCUCAGAAACUCCCUUGGAAACUUCAGAGAUUUUAGAGUCAAAGGCAGAACCUCCUAAGGUCGUGACUGUAGCUAGUAAGGAGGAGGGUAGUGUGGAAGGGUCUAAGAAGUCUAAAGAGAACGAAUCUGUUACAAUUAUUAAAGUAACUCCGCCUUCAAGUGAGAAUACUGACACAGAACCUCCAGCAUUAAAGAAACCAGCACUAGAGCUGAGAUAUAACGAGUUUGUUAAGAUGGUAAAUGAUAUUGGGAAAGAUGUCAAGCCAGCUUAUACAAACAGCAGAUCACACGUUGACAGGCUGAAAAGAAAUAUUACUACUGCUCGUGGCAUACUAAGAGAAUGUUUGGGAGAGCUGGACAGAUUAAGUAGACAGCAAGAGCCAUCAAGAAGUGCCUCACCAUCGCCUGUCAUUAAACUCAAUUGAGCUUUCCUUCACUCAUUCUUUUUCUCUUCAUCUCUUUCCAGUAAUUUAAAUCAAUAAAUCACAGAAUUUUAUAAAAGACAGA